AUGGAUGAAGAAGAUGACUGCGAUUCGGAUUACGACGCCAGGAGUGGAUGUUCUUCUCCUAGAUGUGUAACGCCACCCGUAGCAGGAGACGCGGCCUCUAUAGAAAAACCAGCAAAAAAAGGGUGGUUUUCUUCUUUCACUACCGCUGCACCUAAAAAGGCUGCAGUUCCUGCGAGCGCUUCUUCCGAACCAACCGUGGAAGUUGCCAAGGAAGCUGAAUCUGAACUUCCUCUAGCCGAACGCCUGUUGGGCAACGGUGUCCGACCGCCACAUCGAAUGGAUUUCCAGUUGCAGCCUGCUCUGACGGAUAAAAGCUAUUGGUCAGUGCUGAAGAGCCAUUUUAGUUACUGGACUAACGCUGAUUUGGCCGUUUUUGUCGCUAAUAUUCUUCGUGCGGAAUCUCAGUCUAGGAGUAAUGAUCAAGAUGCAGUUGAGGCCGGAGAUCACUCCUAA